AUGACAAAACUCUACGCCAUAGCCGACCUGCAUCUCAGCUACAAGCACAACCGCGACGCCCUAGACGAGCUGCGCCCCCACCUGGAAGACAGCCUGAUCAUCUGCGGCGACGUGGGCGAGAAGCUCGAACACCUCCAGGACGCGUUCCGCAUCACCACCACGCUCUUCAAGCAAGUGUUCUGGGUGCCGGGGAACCACGAGCUCUACACUCUUCCAGGCCGGGGCGAUCGGACGGACGGCCACGAGGACGACGCGCUCAACAAGGAACUGCGUGGCGAGCUCAAGUACGCGGAAUGCCUGCGCGUGGCGAACGAGUACGGCAUCAUCACGCCCGAGGACGAGUACGUCAAGUGGGAAGGCGAGGGCGGGCCGUGUAUCAUCUGCCCGCUGUUCACGCUGUACGACUACUCGUUCCGACCGGACGACGUGUCGCGCGCAGACGCGCUCGAGUGGGCGAUGGAAGAGAACAUCGUCGCGACGGACGAGGCGCUCCUGCACCCGGACCCGUACGAGUCGCGCGAUCAAUGGUGCGAGGAACUCGUGGCCAAGGCCGAGGAACGGCUCGAGGCCACCUCCCGGCGCGGCAUCCCGCUCGUGCUGGUCAACCACUGGCCGCUCAGGGAAGACACCAUCACGAUCCCGACAAUCCCGCGGUUCUCGCUGUGGUGCGGCACCAAGAAGACCGAGCACUGGCAUACGCGCUACAACGCCAAGGUCGUCGUGACCGGCCACCUGCACGUCCGCAGGACCGACUGGCGCGACGGCGUGCGGUUCGAGGAGGUCAGUCUGGGCUAUCCGAGACAGUGGCAGAUGGCAAAGGACCGGGGCCUGGAUAUCAAUGACCUGUUGAGAGAGGUGCUGCCUGCGACGGACAUGGUGGAUCCCGGGGAUGGAUCGACGAUCUGGAGGCGGAGCGGGAGGCCGAGCAAGGCUCUAGAGAGAGGCGCCAGUUACAAGCCGCAGGAGUGA